AUGGCUUUUGAAGAUGUUUUUUCCAUUCAGAUCUUCUUCAUCAUAUUCAGGGAAACUCUUGAAACUGCCAUCAUUAUAUCUGUUCUAUUGUCAUUCAUUAACCAAAGAUCGGAUGUGAAAUCAGUCGAUCCGGAUAGUCUGUCAAGAGGCGCUGAAAAUGAUAUUAUCGCCAUGCAACGGAAACUUAAGCUUCAGGUCUGGAUUGGAGCGAUCUUAGGCUUUGUUGUUUGUGUAUCGGUGGGACUAGCUUUUCUCGUUUGUUUUUAUUUCUUUGGCAAAGACUUCUGGUCUUACACAGAAAGAUUAUGGGAAGGAAUCUUUUCAUUUCUGUCUAGUAUAGUCAUUACAGUGAUGGGUUUAGGGCUUCUUAGAAUCAAUAAAGUUAUGAAAAUAAAAUGGUGGAUCAAAUUGGGUGACGCUUACCACGAUAACGGUUUUGCAAAGCAGACAAGUAAUAGUGAGAAUGAAAAUAAUGUUGCUAAUGAGAAUCAUUCGGAGGAUGACGAAGUCACUCCGCAGAAAGGAGUCAAAGAAAAGAGGAGGAAAGGGUUCUCUGGUAGAUAUUUUUUGGCCAUUUUACCUUUCGUUACUACUUUAAGAGAAGGGUUGGAAGCGGUAGUGUUUGUGGGUGGUAUAGGGAUGUCACAACCACUUACUUCUUUACCUCUUUCAAUUGCUGCCGGUGCAUUGCUUGGAGUUAAUGUUGGAUAUGCACUCUAUAGAGGUGGAAACAAAAUGUCACUACAAUACUUCUUAAUAUUCCUGACUUGUUUCUUGUAUGUUGUUAGCGCUGGACUUAUGAGUAGAGGUAUCUGGUUCUUUGAGCUAGAGCGUUAUGUUAGAUUAUGUGGUGGUUUGGAUGUCAGCGAAACAGGAAGCGGUCCCGGAUCAUAUGAUAUAUCGAACAGUAUUUGGCAUGUGAACUGUUGCAACGGCUUGACAGAUGGCUGGUGGAUGGUAUUCAAUGCUAUCUUUGGGUGGACCAAUUCUGCUACCUACGGUAGUGUCAUAUCCUACUGUGUGUAUUGGGCAGCAGUAAUAAUCUGGCUAAAGGUGAAGUUAUACGAAGAAAGAGAAGGUGUACUUCCUUUUAUACCUUUGAAAUGGCAGCUAAGAAGAAUAAAAAAGAAACUUCAUAUUUAUGAGGCUAGUCGUGAAAGAGCUGAAGGAGAACCUAUUUGCCUCAGAGACACGGCAUAUCAUGAUCCCAGAAGCAGUCUUUCUUUGGAUAUGAACCUCAGAGAAGCUGAAGCUCAGGUAUUGUUAGAUUCAUAG